AUGCCAGAUCGAGAAGUGGAAGAAAUAACACUGAAACAACUCUUGGAGGAAAUUAAAAAUUCUAAAAAAGAGGUUAAAAAUUGCAUAUCUGCAUCAGAAUCUAGGUUGUUGUUGGAGAUUCAAGCAUUGAAAAGCAGAAACGAAUAUUUGGAGAGAGAGAGCGCAGACCUAAAAGAAAGACUCGAAAAAGCUGAGCGCAUAUUGAAUAAGAAUAAUGUUUUAGUUUUUGGUUUGAAGAGGGAUACAAAAUUGACAUCGGAGUUUCUCUGCUGUGAACUUAAUAAAUUGUUGAAGACUAACAUUGAAACCACAGAAAUUAGUGAUUGCUACGCGCUGGGAAGGGAAAAAAAUUGUCCUCGACAGGAAAAUAAUAGGCUCAGGUCGUUCUUGCUGAAGGCAAGGGCAAAUUCAUCCGAAAAAUCCUAUAUAAAGGGGAAUAGGUUGGUGGUUGGACAGAGGAUUUACGAUUUGGAGGAGCUGGAUAGUUCUGAAGAGGAAAAUAGACCAAAUAGCGCACCAAGUACUCCUGCCGCUGAGGAGCAAACUAAGCCUUUAGAACAGAGAACAGAUUAUGGAUUGAUAGAUUCAGCUUCUGGGGUAGCUACAAGUAGUGUGAAAGAACGUUUGGCUAAGUUGAUGACACCACAAUUGGCAACGCAUAAGAAAAGAUUUUUACAUAGGAAGAAACCACCUUCAAAGGAAGAAAUAUUAAAAGUAGGAAUAGUGAAACCACUCUAUAAAGGAGGAGACAGGAGUCGCAUGCAGAACUAUAGACCGAUAACUUUAGUUUCAAAUCUGGGAAAGAUCCUCGAAAAGUUGAUUAAAGUUCGUAUGGAGACAUUUAUAAAUAAACAUAAGAUUAUCUCAGAUAAUCAGUUUGGUUUUCGAAAAGGCAUGUCGACAGAAAAUGCCAUAAAAAAAGUCACAGACAUCAUAUAUAAAAAUAUUGACCGUAAAAUUCCAACUUUGGCGGUAGUUGUCGAUCUUGCAAAAGCUUUUGAUACUGUCUGUCAUGAUCGUCUACUAGAAAAGCUUGAAAAUUUUGGUUUCCGCGGCAAAGUAUUAAAUCUGCUACGAAGCUAUCUAUCAGAUAGAAUACAAAUUGUACACCUAAAUGGAAAAUAUAGUGAAAGUAAUCAAAUAAAUUUCGGAGUACCACAGGGUACAGUUCUUGGGCCUCUUCUGUUCAUAUUGUAUAUAAACAGUCUCUUCAGGGUUAAUAACAAAGGUGAAAUUAUCGGUUUCGCGGACGAUACCAUGAUACUUUUUCAUGAUGUUACAUGGAAGAAUCUGAAAAAACAAGUAUGCCAAGAAUUUGAGACUCUGACAAAAUGGUUCAGAUUGAAUAAACUUACGAUAAAUAUCAGUAAGACCAAAUAUAUAACCUUCGCCUCAAAUAAAAAGGGAAUUCCAGAUUUAGGAGACUUGAAUUUCGAUGACCAGUUAUAUGUAGCGAAAACACAUUCAACAAGGUAUCUUGGCGUAGUCAUCGAUGAACAUUUGAAGUGGGAUGAACACAUAACGUAUGUUUCGAGAAAACUUAGAGGUAUCUUAUAUAGAUUUAAGUAUAUAAUGAAUUAUGUUAAUUCUCCAAAACAUCUACAGAUGCUCUAUGAGUCGCUGGUGCAGCCACAGCUUUCGUAUGGUAUAAUAGGAUGGGGAGGUGUUUUUGACACACACAAGAGAAUCAUUGAUGUUCUCCAAAGAAAUAUCCUCAAAGUGAUGUACAAAAAAAAAAUUACAUUCUCUAGUGACAGUAUAUACAGUUUAGCUAAAGUAUUAGAUAUAAGACAAAUUUUUGCUCAAAGGAUUAUCUCGCAUAUCAAACAAAAUAAAAUUUCCAUCAUACAAAAAGAACACAAAUACCCUACGAGAGCUGGAGACGAUAACGAAAAUUAUGAGAGACCCAGAGCAGAAAAAAGAAUUGGACAGAGAUGUAGUGAAUAUAUAGCUGCAAGACUAUACCCGAUCGUACCAAAAGAAAUAAAAGAAAUUAAUAAUAAAAAUAAAUUCAACAAAGAACUAAAGAGAUGGCUGAUUGAACAAGACCGAACUGAGAUACAUAAGAUUAUAAAUUCCACUUAA